AGAGUCAAGGUCGAAGUGACGAAACGGAAAUCCGUUCUUAUCCUCGUCCCCCAAAUCCCGAAUGCUAUCAUAUUUCCGCUCCUUCUCCUAUUUUUCAACAAACCCGCCGGCGAUGCCCCUACUCUUCCGUAACAGCGGCGCCGCCGCUGCCGCUUCCAUCAGCCUCCUCCUCCCCAACUCGUCCUCCUUCCCUCCUUCACCUUCACUCUCCGUCUCGCUUAUUCCAAUCCACCAAUCUCGUAGAAGUGCGCACAUCGCGCUUGCGAGGAGAGGCCUGGCUUCGCGCACCCGCAGGCUCGAGAAACGUGGCAAGGACCGUGGCGAAACGGAAGAGAAAGUCUUGGUGAAGGAGAAGGAGGAGAUGGAGCCUUCUUCUACUGAGUUGGGAGGCGAAGGAGGAGGUGCAGAAAUAGUGUAUUCGACAGGCCCACCGCCGGCGCUUCCCGGAUUGGAGCAGGAUUUCUGGGAGGGGACUCAGUGGGAUGCGCUGGGGUUCUUCCUGCAGUAUAUGUGGGCUUUUGGUAUCGUCUUUGGGGUGUUUGCCUGUGGGAUAGCUGUUGCAACCUACAAUGAAGGAGCUACAGAUUUUAAGCAAACCACUGUGUACAAGGAAUCAAUCCAAUCUCGAGAGCUACUCGAACAGCCAGAGGAUUCUAACGCCGAUGUAUUCGAGGGAAAUCCAACCGAGGUUGCACCAAGUUUGGAGUAACUUGGAUUCCCCUGUUGUAAAAGGAAGACAUUAUUAGAUGCAGAG